UAAUGAUAUUCAAAUUAAGAAAGGUUCAACGGCUAUUUUUCUCCACUUCUCCCCAGCCCCUCUUGCCACUGCACGUCGAGCUUAAUUCCCAUUGCUAUUGUGGCGGCGAAGCAAACAUCAUUGAACUCUGCAAACAGAAGCACUUCAAAGAAGCCAUAUACGCCUUUCAUUCCCUUGAAUCCAAAACGCUCCAACGCAGAACUUACGCCAACCUCUUUGUUGCCUGCGCCCAGCUCAAGUCCAUCCACCAUGGCCGCCUUGUCCACCGUCACCUCUCCUCCUCCAAAAUCAUCUCCGACGUCAUCCUCCACAACCAUAUCCUCAUCAUGUAUGGCAAAUGCGGAGCCAUGGAUGACGCCCGCCAACUGUUUGACAUUAUGCCCGAGAGAAAUAUUGUUUCUUGGACCGCUAUGAUUUCUGGGUAUUCCCAAAGCAAUAGAGAGAUUGAAGCUGUGGAGUUGUACUUAGGAAUGCUUCAUGCAGGCUUGCUUCCGGAUCAGUUCUCAUUGGGAAGUAUGGUUCGAUCUUGUUCUAGCCUAUUGGAUGUAGAGUUGGGAAGGCAGUUGCACUGUCAUGUCAUAAAGUUAGGUAAUGGACCUGAUCCUACUGUUCUGAAUGCACUAGUUACAAUGUAUUCGAAAACCGAUAGAAUUAGUGAUGCAUUUUUGGUGUUUCAGAGGAUUACAGAAAAGGAUUUGGUCUCUUGGGGAUCAAUGAUUGCUGGAUUUGCUCAGCAAGGUCAUGAAAUGGAAGCUUUGCACCUUUUUAGGGAAAUGAUCGGCACAGGGGUUCAUCGACCCAACGAGUUUCAUUUCGGGAGUGCUUUUAGUGCUUGCGGAAAUAUAAGUCUAUUGGGGUAUGGGGAGCAGAUUCACAGUUUAUGUACGAAGUUUGGGCUUGAAAAAAAUGCAUUCUCUGGUUGUUCUCUAAGUGACAUGUAUGCAAGGUGUGGAAUGUUGAAUUGCACGAGGAAAGCAUUCUACCAGGUUGAGGUACCUGAUUUAGUUUCAUGGAAUUCAGUUAUAGGUGCAUUUUCUUUUGGAGGUUCUGCAGAUGAAGCUAUUCAAUUUUUCUCAGAGAUGAGACUUUUAGGUUUGGAACCAGAUGAUAUUACUAUUCGGUGCCUGCUUUGUGCUUGCACGAUCCCUCAGUCUCUAUUUCAAGGCCAACUAUUCCAUGCUUAUUUAUUCAAGAUGAGUUUUGGCAGAAAUACUACAGUCUGUAAUGCCCUUCUAAACAUGUAUGCCAAAUGUUCAGACCUGAAUACUGCAAUGAAUCUCUUCGAAGAAAUGAAUAAUACUCGCAAUACUGUUUCUUGGAACACAAUUUUAACUGCAUGCUUACAGCACGAACAACCACUUCAGGUUUUUAGGUUAUGCCGACUGAUGAGAAGUUCGAAAAUUGAGUUUGAUCAGAUAACAUUCAAUUGUAUAAUUAGUGCUUCUGCUGAUUUGGCUUGGCUAGACAUGGGAAAUCAAGUUCACUGUCAUGCCUUGAGAAAUGGAUUUGAGGAUUCACUGAUGGUUAGGAAUGGUUUGAUUAAUAUGUAUGCCAAAUGUGGAAACUUAAAUCAUGCAGGAAAGUUGUUUGAGUUGACAGGAAGUGAUUGUGAUGUUUUCUCAUGGAACAGUUUGAUUGUAGGCUAUGCACAAUUUGGCUAUGGAAGGGAAUCUCUUGAGCUGUUUAAGAGAAUGCAGUUCUUUGGGAUUAAGCCAAACCAUGUUACAUUUGUAGGGGUUCUCACUGCCUGUAGUUAUAUUGGACUGGUAGAUGAAGGGCUCUAUUACUACGACAUGAUGAGUACCAUUUAUGCUAUUUCUCCCACAAGAGAACAUUGUUCAUGCAUAGUUGAUUUGCUCUCUCGAGCUGGUAGAUUGAGUGAGGCUGAAAGCUUCCUUAACAAGAUGCCAAUUGAACCUGAUGUCAUUAUGUGGAAGACUUUGUUAGCUGCCUGCAGGAUUCAAAAUAAUAUGGAUAUUGGGAAGAGAGCAGCUGAGAGUGUUCUAUGCAUUGACCCCUAUAGUUCUGCCGCCUAUAUUUUGUUGUGUAGCAUUUAUGCUUCUUCUGGUUGUUGGGAUGAUUUAGCCAAACUACGAAGAUCAAUGAGAAGUCAUGGGGUGAAGAAAUCUCCUGGGAAGAGCUGGAUUGAGGUCAAAGGAGAAAUGAUUGCCUUUAUUGUUGAAGACCGAAGACAUCGACAAACAGAAGAUAUAUAUGGAAUACUCGUAGUGCUAGAUUUUGACAUGAGAGAAGUUAGUCAUGAUCCAAUAUCUUCAUUGGAAGGGUUGAAGCAUAUUAGAUAAGUAUAAACACUUAUCUGCUUUUGACUCUCACGGAAAGAUUUAAACUUAUGGGGUCCGCGGGGUGAAGAAAUCUCCUGGGAAGAGCUGGAUUGAGGUAAAAGGAGAAUGAUUUCCUUUAUUGUUGAAGAGUGAAGACAUUGACAAACAGAAGAUAUAUAUGGAAUACUCGAAGUGCUAGAUUUUGACAUGAGAGUAGUCAUGAUCCUGUAUCUUCAUAGGAAGGUUUGAAGCAUAUUAGAUAAGUAAUAACACUUCUGUUUUUGACUCUCACGGCAAGAUUUAAACUUAUGGGCCCUCAAGUUCUUGUUAUUAGUUCUUGAUCGGCAAGAUUUAAGCUCUGUUGUUUGGAUAAUUCUGCGACCACUAGUCAUUCUACAAAGUUCAAAUGGAAAAUUUUGCCGUCCUUUAUAUGAGCCACUCAAAGUUCGAUUGUCUAUUACAUUUCCACACUUUGUUGUUCAACAUCAGGGUGCUUAACUUCAAAGGAUGGCUUUUGAAAUUUAUCCUUCGCGCAAUACAAGAGAGUCUGGGAUAGGAAAUGAGGCUGUUGAUUAGCAGUUCAUGAUAAUAUUUGAGUUAAUAGGAAUUUUAUUAUUUUGAUUUUUGUACAAUCAUAACUAGUUUGUUUUUCAAUUAUGUAGCUUCUAAUUGUAGCCAUGUAUUGUAAUAUAUAUUUUUUUGAUA